AUUUUAUGCAACUCUGCCAGUGAGUUCUUGACAGUUCUGUCUUACCGAUUCUGGUAUUAAUGAAACAUCUUUGUAAAGGGUUGAAGUGUCUUCCUGAAUUGUCAAUUUAUUAAUGAAGCAUGGCUUGUGUUGAACAAGACAAGCUGGGUGAAGCAUUUGAAGAUGCUUUUGAGGUACUGAGGCAACAUUCAGCUGGAGAUCUUCAGUACUCCCCAGAUUACAAAAACUACCUGACUUUCAUCAACCACUGUUCUCAUGUCAGAGGAAAUCCCAACUGCUAUGGUGUGUUGCCUGCAGAGGAACCUGUGUACAACUGGAGAACAGUAAUAAACAGUGCUGCAGACCUCUAUUUUGAAGGGAAUAUUCACCAAUCUCUGCAGAACAUCCCUGAAAACCAACUGGUACAACCUGCUGUUCUCCAGCAAAAGGGAGGAAAAGGCAGGAAGAAGCUCCGACUGUUUGAAUACCUUCAUGAAUCCUUGUGCAAUCCCGAGAUGGCAUCUUGUAUUCAGUGGGUAGAUAAAACCAAAGGCAUCUUUCAGUUUGUAUCAAAAAACAAAGAAAAACUUGCCCAACUUUGGGGAAAAAGAAAAGGCAACCGGAAGACUAUGACUUACCAGAAAAUGGCCAGAGCACUGAGAAAUUAUGGAAGAACAGGGGAAAUCACCAAAAUCCGGAGAAAACUAACUUACCAAUUCAGUGAGGCCAUUCUCCAAAGACUCUCUCCAUCUUAUUUAUUGGAAAAAGAGAUCUUCUACUCACAGUAUGUUCAGCCUGAUCAAGGAUAUCUAAGUUUAAGUAACUGGAAUGCAAAUUGCAAUUAUACAUAUGCCAAUUACCAUGAGCUAAGUCACCCUGACUGCUAAAUAUCCCCUUACAUUUCAUGGUUUCGUGGCAUCAGAAAUCCCUACACAUUUUGGGAUUUUUCUCUUAAAGUAAAUGUUGACCAGAAAAACAAUUAACUUCAUUGUUGCCAUCUUUUAUUAAAUAGCAUAUAAUCUAUACUAACGUGGUAAGAAAUUUUGCCAGUGAACAAUGUUAAAAUGACCAAGUCCCAUUUGAAAGUACAGACUAAAUGUCCUUGUUCUUACUAUUGUCUAUACAAUACUUCCUUCUAGAUUAACAAUGCCAGUAGAGAUUAUUUAAUUUAUAUAUUCAUUUAAACAUUAUUUUCCCGUCAUACCAGACAAAAAAAAAUCACUAACAUAUAUCUGAUUUAACUGGUUAUGCAAACAGAAACUGAUUGCAUACGAUAGUGUUCAUUUCAUGCUAAAAUACAUUUAAUGGCUUUAAAAAUCUUGGCUAUCCUGAACCUAUAUUCUCUCUGCAUUUCAGACCUCAUGGUCUGUCACCUUGUGGUGCUAAAGAAACAAUAAUCUAAGGAAAGUGCCACCUACUUUAAUGAUAAAACUCCAAACAAAGCUUAUACCUCCCACCAAUUAUUUCCUGGCAUUUCUCUCUUCCCUAGAGUAGAUCCAGAAGCCAGCCUGUUCUUGCUCUCCUGCCACUCAACCACAGGGAGGUGCUCUUGCCCUGUUAUCUUUCUGGCCCAACCUUGGAACAUGAUUUCCUGCCCUUGAACUAGGUCCAUCUGAGACCAAACUGGAAUAAGUUGAAGAAAGAAAAAGGGAAAAAAAAAAAAAAAAAAGAUUUUUGAUAAAUGAUAAACUAGGAAAUAAUAAAUCCAGAGAGAAACUAGGAGUUAGACAGUCUGGCUUGAAAGCUAUGGUUGAUUCUCCAUGUUCCAUAAGGAGCUCUGGGAAGAAAUUUGUUUCUUCCUGCUUGGCAGGUUCAUGCAAGUGCCAUCUGGAUUACCAUGAAGCAGGAGAGCUUAGCUUCCUAGACUACGUAGGCCAUUCUUAUCCAGGCCCACAGCUCCCUGGCGCCUGCGCUAUCCAAUUUUUAGCAUUCCCAUUCUCCUUUGUUCCACUGCCCUCCUGGUGCCCUUCCUUCCCCAGGGACUCUUAAGAAAGAACAUGUGUGGGAUAUAAACAAAAAGCAACAGGAACAAGCAAAACAAAUUCACAGAUACAAAAAAACAGAAUGGUGGUUACAAAAGGGAAUGGGGAGAGGACAAAAAGGGUAAACGGGGUCAAAUAUGUGGUAACAGAAGGAAAAUAGGUUUCAGGAGGUGAGCACACAUUGAGGAUACAGAUGAAUUAUGAUGUACACCUGAAAUUUACAGAAUGUUAUUAAUCUAAUCAAUGUUAUCCCAAUAAAUAAAAAUUUUUUGAAAAUAUGGCAGACCCAGAGUGACUAAAUGGAGACAAAACUCUAUAUCGGCCAUCUCCACACGUAGUCUGGGUUUCUGUUACGGAAUGAACAUUUUCCCCACAAAAUUCGGAUGUUGAAAUUUAUCCCUAUUGUGAUUGUAUUUGAAGGUGGGGGUCUUUGGGAGGUGGUUAGGUCAUGAGGGUGGGUCUCUCAUGAGUGGGAUUAAUGUCCUUAUAAAAAAAAGGGAGACCCCACAGAGUUCCCUUUCCCCUUACACCAUGUGAAGAUACAAGAUGGCCAUCUAUGAACCAGGAAGUGGGCCCUCAUCAGACACUGUUCUGGCACU